AUGAUGAACAAGUUUAUGAUCACCGCCGGCGUUAUGACUCUGUUGCAAGCCGUGACGCAGAUGAUUCUCAGUGGAUUGGGACUAGCUCAAUAUUUUUGUAUAAUUGAUUUUUUAAAAGAAUUACCGUUACUCAUCUACAUACGAAUAUUAUAUUUUCACAAUCCUGUAUACUGUGGUAUUCGAAUCAAUAUUGGUCAAGCAAUAGACGGCAUGUCAAACCAAGCCUUUGUAUUACUAACUCAAGAACCAUUGACUGCAUUUCGGACAUUUGUGGUUAACUCUACGAUCCUCGGUCUUAGUAUAUUAUGGAUUAUCGCAAGCGUUAUUAUAAUGGUGGGUGGAGCAAAGAAUGAACAGUCGAAAAGUAUGCGUUGGCCGUGGAUUACUGUUACUGUGUCAAUGUGUACGGUAGAUAUAGUGGCUACUGUCAUAUAUGCCAACGACUCAUUCUAUACAAGAACGUUAUCGGAUAUAAUGGAAUAUAUUGAUGGCAUUGCCAGUGGCACCCAAGGCAUGGAGUUGGAUACAUCGUGGGCGUCCUGGGUGAUGGUCUUAUUAUAUUCACGAUUUGUUAUCUUUUUCUUUAUGAAUGUAUUUUUUGUAAUAUCCAUUAUCAUUGACGGCAAUGCUAAAAGACGUAUCGAUGUCCAUACUGGUGUGCAAGUGGAGACUCCAACUAUGAUGGAUGAUACGACUAGUGACAAGGACAUAGAGACAUCCAGUGUAAUUAGCCACAGUACCAGGAUCCCCAGACCAGGACUGAGCCAGUCAUUCCGACGAAUGAAAGCAAUGCUGUUUAAGAAACCAUCUCCACCAGCUGUGCAUUCUAAUCCAGACACAUUAAAUGGUUCUCCAGCGAGGUCUUCUAACAAUCAACUGGUGGAAUCAGAUAAGAAACGAACAGUGAAUUUUCCGGAGAACUUACUAUCAUUACCACAACGUUUAGAGAACCUAAUAGCUGAACAGCAGCGCAGGUUGGACAGGGCAGUAAUAGACACCUCUGGUCGACGCACUCCGCCACGUGCCUCGCAAUCAAUGCCACAACUACAUUCAACUUCAGAGCAGGAUGCACGAGGGAGACGAGGAACAGCCGCUGAACUGCAGGGUCAGCGACCGUGGGCAUAUAUCCCUGCGUCUGCGCAUCGUAUGCGAGAUCAGCUACCUCCCGACGAGGACCUACCACCUGUGCCGCUGCCGGACUACACGGCGAUACAACCAUUCCGAAAGGCAUCUGUCCACCGUGCCGCCUCUAGCUUAAGUUCUUUAAUACAAAAACGAGAAGCCUUAGCACAAUCACGUCCAACGAUAACGCAAUCUGAUGUUUUAUAUUGA